AUGGCUUCUGCUCAACUGCUAGCUCUCAUCCUUGCAUUGCUCCUUAUCAUUAUCCAUUUACUAACCAAAGAUAGAAAGCAAAACAAGAGACUUCCUCCAGGCUCAAUGGGGAUUCCGAUUAUAGGCCAGAGCCUGAGUCUUCUCCGAGCAAUGCGCACAAACACCGGCGAGAGAUGGAUUAAGGACCGAAUAAAUAAAUAUGGAUCAAUAUGUAAGCUCUCACUCUUUGGGGGACCAACGGUGUUUCUCACCGGCCCAGCAGCAAAUAAGUUCAUCUUCUCUAGUGACUCGCUCACUCUUAAGCAGCCACAGUCCAUCACAAGGAUCAUUGGAAGCCAGAACAUGAUGGAACUUAUAGGUGCUGAUCAUAAGAGGGUUAGAGGUGCAGUCAGUUACUUCUUGAAACCUGAGAUCUUGAGGAAGUAUGUUGGUAAAAUUGAUGAAGAGAUCAGACAACACUUCAGAACCAACUGGUUGAGCCAUCAACAAGUUAAGCCAGAUGUUAGUUUAAUAUCAAGAAUGGAAUUGUUCAAAGGAAUUAAAACAUACCAAUUAAAGAAGAAAUCAAAGUCAAUAGUAAAAGGUCAUCCCUGCGCUCUGUUUUUGCAGGUUUCACCAUCAAUGAAGAGUUUGACAUUCAAUGUCAUUUGCUCCACAAUAUUUGGGAUUAAACAAGGAACAACCAGAGAAGCUCUAGUAAAUGAGUUCAAUAAGAUGUUGGCUGGAAUGUGGGCAGUGCCUAUAAACUUGCCCUUCACUCACUUCCAUAACAGCUUGAAAGCGAGAAAAAAGGUUGGGAAGAUACUCAACAGAAUCAUAGUAGAGAAGAGGAGUGCAUUGCAGAGAGGUGAGUGUUCCUCAGAGGACGAAGAUCUCAUAACUUACUUAAUUAGCUUGGGUGCUGAUAAAGGAGAGACCUUAACUGAGGAAGAGAUCCUGGACAAUGCCGUGCUUUGA